AUGGCAACCUCCCGUGCCUGGACCUUCACAGCCCGCGGCAGCCCGCGCUCCGUCCUCUCGCUUACCCCGCGGCCGGCGCCCACCCUCCCGCCGGCGCCCUCCCUCCUCGCCAAAGCGAAGCCCGUACCCAACGCAGAAGACGGCAACGAGUGGCUCCUCGUCAAAGUCGCCUAUGCGGCUCUGAAUCCCGGCGGCCAUUUCUACGUCAGCAUGAUCCCCGGCUUCGCGCGCGCAAAGACGGCCGUUCCGGAGAUGGAUCUGAGCGGGACCGUCACGGACGUGUGGGGCCCCGGGUCCGAGCCUGGCUCGGCACCGCGCCCCAACGAGCCGGCGACAACGUCCCGAACAACCAAGGGUGCACCCUCCACGGUCGCUGCAGCGACGAAGCACAAGGGCAGGUUCGCCAAGGGCGACCGCGUCGCCGCCUUCAUCCCCAUCUCCUACGGCUGGCCGACCGGCACCGGCGCCCUCGCCCAACACGUCGUCCUCCCCGCACGCUACGCCGUGUCUGUUCCGCCGCACAUCUCGCUCCGGGACGGGAGCAGCGUGCUGACAGCGGGUUGCACGGCCGCCAUGACCCUGCGUCCGGCGGCACUCAAGAAGGGGGACAGGGUCCUCGUCAACGGGGCCAGCGGCGGCGUGGGGUCCCUGGCGAUACAGAUGGCUCGCGCCGCCGUCGGCCCCGAGGGGUACGUGGUUGGCGUGUGUUCGGGACGAAAUCUGGACAUGGUUCGGAAGUUGGGGGCGGACGAGGUUGUGGAUUAUACCGCGUCCUCGUCGCCUGUGUCUAUCACUCUGAAGGAGAAGUUUGGUAGAGAGGGAAAGCAGUUCAAUGCCAUUGUGGAUUGCAUCGGCGUGCAGGACAUCUACACGAACUGCGCCGGGUAUCUUGUUCCCGAUGGAGUCUAUUCCGCAGUGGGGAUCAAGCCGGUGACUCAAUCGUGGGGCGGGUUCAUGAAGGCGGUCUGGCAAAUGCAGAAGAACGCUCUUUGGCCCCUUUCGACAUGGUUGGGCGGCACCGGUCGGCGGUGGGCGGCGACGGCCAUGAUGGACCCCGGCAAGGAGUUGAUGGAGGAAGUUGUGGGCAUGCUGUCAGAUGGAAGGAUCAAGGCCGUUGUUGGGAGGGAAGUUGAUUUUGAGGAAGUUGCGGAUGGCUAUGAUAUUAUUGGGAGCGGAAGGGCGAGAGGAAAGGUUGUCGUCAAGGUUGACGAUGAGUAG